AUGUCUGAGCUACCGCAACUGAACGAAAAGGAGUGUCUGGACUUCCUGUCCAACUUCAUCAAGAUCCAUUCACAAUCCAGGACACCAGGCGAGAUUGAUGCUGUCAAUUAUAUGACUCGCGCCAUGCAAGACAUUGGCCUGAAAGCGGAGAGUUUGGAGUUCACUGACCAAACCGACGGCAUGAAGAGAUACAACUCUGUUGGCGUGUGGGAGGGCACAAACAAGUAUGAGGGAAAGAAGCUGCUCUUCAACGGCCAUGUGGACGUGAACCCUGUUACUGAGGGCUGGACGGUUGAUCCCUAUGAGGGCAAGGUGGAUGAUAACUUUAUUUAUGGCAUUGGUGUCAGCAACAUGAAAUCCGGCUGUUGUGCCUACUACAUGGCAGUCAAGACGCUUAAGGAUGCUGGAUUUCAAAUAUCCAAGGACCUGACGCUGACCUUUGUUGUGGGCGAGCUUCAGGGUGGUGCUGGAACCAUGGCCUUGCUUUCACAAAAGGUUAUUACCAAGGACUCGGCAGACUUCUUCAUCAACUGCGAGCCAACCGAUGUUUAUGCUUUAGUGAUGCACGCUGGCUCGGCUAUUUUCAAGGUCAACGUUGUGGGGGACACUCGCCACAUGUCCAAACGUGAGGAGGCCACAGACUCGAUUCUGGCCUCUAUGGAUGCGAUCCACCGGCUAACGGACCUCAAGUUCUCCAAAGCACGUUCCGCCACGCACGAGAGCGUCAACAGAUGCCACGUCGGAACUAUCAGGGGCGGUCUGGGCAGAAACUACGAGACCUGGCGGCCUCCACAAGUGGCAGACUUUGUUACUUUUACCGGGGCGGCAAGAUACGCCCCAGGCCAGAAUGAAGAGAUAGUGCUUGAGGAUCUGGAGACUGAGCUAAAGAAGACGCAGGAAAAGUAUCCGAAAAUGAAGUACGAGCUGAGCCUGGAAAAACGCGACUUUAUGCCACCGUUUGAGGUCGACCCCAAGGCCGAGAUCGUGCAACUUCUCAACCAGUGCUACAGGAAGGUGCGCGGGGUGGACCAGCCUACAGGCGCGCUCAAGCCACCCUGCUUCUACGGGAGCGAUGCAGGCCAUCUUUACGAGAAGCUGGGCAUGGAGGGGAUUGUGUGUGGUCCGGGUGGCAAGUACAACACCAUGCCAGACGAAAGGGUUGACAUCCCAGAUUAUCUUGACUGUACUCGUGUCUUUAUGGAGGUUAUAGUUUCUGCAUGCGGCGGAUAUAAAUAA